AUGCCGGUCGCUGUCGUUACUGGUUUGUUCUAAUUAUUAUUACUAUUUUUUUCGAAUCUAUUUUCAAAAAUAUAGAUAUCGUUUGAUCGUAGACCAUAAAAAAAGGAAAUUCGUAUGAAAAAAAAAUGCCGGAUAACAAAGAAUUCCAUCUAGUUACUGUACAAAAAGGUUUAGAAAUUUCAAAAACCGCGGUGAAAAGCCCGAAUUUUUGAACAAAAAAACUGAUUUUGAAAGGGAAAAAUCUGUUUAAAUACAUGAGCUUGGAGGCGGGAUGUGAGUAAUCCGGACCAAGAGGAUGAUUAAAAUUUAGUGAAGCGUAGAUAAAUUUUUCUUUUGGUAAUUCUAUCGCCCACGCGCCUCUUCCACACUUCAAAACACCUACAAAAUGAUUAACUCCACAUAAAUCCAAAUGUCAAAAGGCCGCUGGAAGGCACACGGUAAUCAGAACGGAGCCUUUGCAAAAUAAACAGCCCUGACUCAUCGAAAAGUCACAAACUAACACGCAAAAUUAAUAAAAAAAAUUGGUUUUAAGAACUCAUAGAUGCUCCAAAUAGAUUUUCAGUCUUAAAAAUCUCAGAAAACUUCCGGAAUUCACAUUUCAAAAUAAAAUCGUUGUCAGGAGCUUCAUCCGGCAUCGGGAAAGCUGCGGCAAUCCGUUUGGCUCGCGAAGGAUUCAGUGUAUCGCUUUCUGGUCGGAAAGAAGAUGCCCUCAAAGAGACGGCCGACGAAUGUAUCAAAGCCGGUCUGAAACAGGAUCAAGUUGGAUUUUAACAAAAAAAAUUGUAUCGAAAUUGGUUUUUUGCAGGUUGUUCUCAAUGUUGGUGAUUUGACGGACUUUGAUGCCGCCAAGAAACUGAUUGAAAACACUCUCGCCAAGCUCAACACCAUCGAUACUUUGGUAAUAAUAUUUCCAAUCAUCUUUUCUUUGCUGGAACUUUUCAGUUCCAGAUUAUUCAAUUUUCGGGAAAUUUUGAGACGUACGCGUUUCAAAAACCUCAGCGAAUUCUCGUUUGAGACUAUUCGACUAGAUUUCAAACCUGCUAAACUGAUAAUCCAUCGAAGUCGGAGAAAAUAAAAAACCUAGCAAACUAAAGUUAAAAUCAAUCCACUUACCUUUGUCUCGUCGAUUUUUUUGCAUACGGAGGAGUUUGCAUUUCGUAGUGACUGAAAAAAUUAAAAAUUGAAAAAAAAAAAUUGGAACUAGAAGUACGUCAGUGUAUUGUGAGCACGCAGAAAGCGCCAAUAGAGAAUGGUUAGCGUGAAUUUGGAUAUUUCUUGAAAAAAAUCAUGAAUUUUGAGGGAAAUCGACUUUUUUCAUGUUUUUCAUGUCAUAUCAUUCAGAAAUCAUAAUUAAGAUCAACUCGGCGGGGAUUUUGACAAAUGGAGAAGUUAAUAGCACGGAUAUCGAAGUCUACGAUAAGCAAAUGGACGUCAAUGUACGCAGGUUUGUAACUUGGAAAAUUAUUGAUUUUUGCGUUCGAAGUUUUGUGAAAACAUUUCCUUAGUAUAUUUUCUAAAUAUUUGAAAGUUUUCAGCGUGAUAUACUUGACAAAAUUAGCCCUACCACACAUCAUCAAAUCGAAAGGAAACGUUGUCAAUGUCAGCAGCAUUGCUGGACCUUGUCCGGUUCGUUUUCAAGGCUCUUUCUUUGAAUGUGAUCCAAUUGAACGUACAGUUCCCCGGUGUCACUUACUACUCUAUUUCAAAAGCGGCUCUGGAUCAAUUUACCAAGUGUUUGGCAUUGGAAAUGGCGCCCCACGGUGUUCGGGUCAACUCUGUGAAGUUUACAAUUUUCCUAACAUAUUUUCCACAGUUUGGUCGCAUUUGGAAUGACUCAUAUCCCUAGAAACCACUUUUGGGAAAUGAACUUGCUUCGAAAACACGUCGAGCCAUUCCAAAUGCGGCCAGCGAGAAGAAAAGUGAGUCAAGUUCGAAUUUCUCAGUCCUGGCGUCAUAGUCACUGACAUUCACAAGCGAGCUGGAAUGGGCGACAAGGAUUAUGAAGCGGUGAACUGAUUUAAGUGGGAAAAUAAUUGUAUAAUAAAUAUUUUUUCAGUUCCUAGAAAAAUGUAAAUCGACACAUGCUUUGGGCCGUGCUGGCGAUGUUGAUGAGGUGAGCUACCGAAAAAAAAAAAUUCGAUUUGAUCUUUAAAAUCGAGGAAAACGUAACGGUAAUGAAUUUUUGGCUUGAGCGUAAUGUCAAAAAAAAACGAGCCAUUUUUCGGCGAUUUUUUGAAGAGUUUCCCAUCAAAUUCGCAGCUUUUUUUCAGGUUUCCGAGGCGAUUCUGUUUUUGGCAACGAGCCGAAGUUCUUUCACUACUGGUGAACUGCUUCGUGUCGACGGAGGCCGCGGAAUUAUGUUCCCUCGAUAA